GUCAGCAGACAAAGCGGUGGACGGGAACUGCAACGGGGACUGGUACAACAACUCCUGCAUCCACACCAAAAACGAGAUGAACCCCUGGUGGUUGGUGGACCUGGGGGAGCCCCGUAAAAUUUCGGUGGUCUUGGUGAAAACCCGCUAUGACUGCUGUGCCAAAAGGAUGUAUGAAGCGGAGGUCCACUUAGGAAAUUCUCUCAAAGACCACGGAAGAGCCAACCCUCUCUGUGGGAUUAUCCUGAACACCCGCCUGGGCUCCAUCACCACCAUCUACUGCAACGGGCAGGAAGGCCGCUACGUCAGUGUGCACCUACCUGGAGUCAACACCUUGGCCUUGUGCGAAGUGGAGGUCUAUGGCACUCAGUAGGGAAGCCACGCCCUGUUCUGGGGACGACGGACACCUGGUGUUUUGGAAGCUUCUCUCUGAGGCCAUCAAGUCCAACCUCCCACUCCACUGGUCAUCUUCCAAAGAUGGCAUUCUGGCUACUUUUUUGAACAGGAGCAUCUCUUUCCGUCUCUCUUGAUCGGCGUUGCACACUUUCUCAAUCUUAGCUGCGGGAAGGUGGGUGGAGUUCAACGGCCAAGCUCUGCUGGCUGGGGAAUUCUGGGAGUUGAAGUCCACAAGUCGUAAAGUUGCGAAGGUUGAGAAACACGGCGUGUACAUUUAUUGCCAGAAAGCAUUUUUUUUCUGACUUUAAUUUGGAAAUAUCCCCUUCUUAUGUCCUAUCAAGUUAGAACACUGGGGGAGCAUUCUGGUUCUCUCA